GUUGGUGGUCGAAGUGCGUGGCAAACACUCUCCGUUAAUGAAGAUGGGGGAAUAUUGUUACUGAAAAUGAUAAGGACAUAAACGUAAAUUUGGGUCGUAAAUUAAGGACAAACAAAGACAAAUUCCAGAGAAGGGAAAGUGCGAAACAGUCAGAGAGUGGUCGUUUCUUUCCUCUGUCUUGGAUGAAAAAAUAGAGAGGAGGGGUAAAACCAAAGUGUGUAAAAAUCCGAAUGAUUGUUGCUGAAAAACACUGAAGAUUGCAAGAAUGGGAAGAAAGCGAGUCAAUGUGAGAGAAAAAGCGUCCGCGUCCGCAGCGAAACAAUGGAAAGCAAAAGAGAAGACAAGUACUGAGUGUGGUCCAAAUGACAUUUUGCCCAACUCAUUUUCCUUGGCGAUACACCAUCAGGGUGAGUUCAGAAGCUCUCCCAGCAAAGAAUACGUGGGAGGAAGGGUAGACUAUAUAGACAACUGUAAUGCUGAAAAAUGGUCACUACAAGUGCUUGAUGAAUGUGCAGUAAGACUAGGAUACCCGAAAGAUGCUCGUUUUGGGUGGUAUGGUAGGAUUCCUGGUAUGCCGCUUGAGACUGGACUAUAUUUUUGCAUGUGUGAUUGGGAUUGUGAUCUUCUAGUAAACACAUUGCCACUGAAUAGAGUGGCAGAGGUUUAUCUACAAGUUGGCACUGAUGAUAAUCCAGUGAGGUUUCAAACUCAAAAAACAGAGUAUGUAGACAUGCCUGAAGGCCACAAAACUUCUGCUAAGCAGGAUACAAAAGAUAAAGAAACAUCUGAAAUGGACAGUGACAUAGCAAUACUGGAAGAAGUUGACUUCAAUGAUAUGGACAACAGAAGGAAAAAUGUGGCUGAUGACAACAGUAAUGAAGUUGCUACAAACAGUCAUGAGAAUUUUGAUUCCAAAAGUCCUAAUUUGCAACAAGAAGAGGACAACAAGAGAGAUAAUGCAGGGAAAGAAGCACAAAUGGCAACUGAUAAUGAUAUCCAAGCUGAUGAGACUGAUGUGCAGGCUGAUAAUAAUGUGCAGGCUAAUGAUGAUAUGCAGGCUGACGACAAGUUCGAUGAUCCAGAUUAUACGGGGCAAGUUGGGGAGGAUGUUUUAUUUGAUGAAGCCUUAAAGAUUGGACAACAAUUUGGCGUGCAUAAAGGAGCUCCUGAAGUUGGACCUUCUACCAGCAAAGACAGAAGAAAGAAGAGAGCAAGUAGGGAAGGAGAAGCUGUUGACGAAGUAAAUAUUUGUGAUGAGCCUGACAUGGUUAAUGUGGAGGAUAUGCAGUCAGAAUAUGAAACAGAUUGUUCUAGAGAGUUGAAGAGUGAGAGUGAAUCCGAAGACGAAGAUGGUCGUAAGAGAAAUAAGAAGCCUAAAUUUUCAGUUUUUAAUGAGAAAACUGAAAUGAGAAGUCCAAGAUUUAAGGUAGGCCAGAGGUUUUCAUCAGUUGUUAUUUUUAGGUUGGCUGUUAGAAUCCAGGCUAUUAUGGAGGGAAGGGAUGUCCAAUUCAUAAAAAAUGACACAUAUAGGGUACGGGUGAAAUGCAGAGGCUGUGAAUGGCAAAUUUUUGGCUCAAAAAUGCAAGGUGAAAACACUUUCCAGAUCAAGACACUUAGCAAGGAGCACACCUGUGGACGUGUCUUCCAUAAUAGAAACAUGACAUCAAAACUAGCUACCAGGUUGUUUGUAGAUGAGGUGAGAAAAACACCAUCCAUGACAGUCCAGGAGCUCAUGACUAGGGUGACUGAAGAAUUAAAUGUAGAUUUCAGUCUUAAACAAGGCUAUAGGACAAUGAAAAAAGUAAGAGACAUAAUUGAAGGCAGUCAUGAAAAACAGUAUGCAUUGUUAGAGGACUUCUGUGGUGAAUUGAGGAGAGCAAAUCCUGGAUCGACAGUGUUCGUUGAGACGGAUGAGGAUGAGGAUGGGAUUGUCAGAUUCAAAAGGCUUUACAUGUGCUUAGAGCCAUUGAAGAGAGGAUUUCUAAAGGGCUGUAGGCAUUGGAUUGGGUUGGAUGGGUGCUUCUUAAAGGAUACAUAUGGUGGACAACUACUUACAGCCGUGGGUAUGGAUGGGGAUAAUAAAAUGUUUCCACUAGCUUUGUCACUGGUUUUUGGGAUUGCUUGUACAAGAUUUGGAAAUAUCAGAUUCCAGUAA